AUGGAGGGAAGACCGAACAGGGGCCGUCAAACUAGCUGGAAGAGAGGUGGAGGUGGAGGUGGAGCUGGAGCUGGAGCUGGAGCGGGAGCGGGAGGGGGAGGUGGAGGUGGAGCUGGAGCUGGAGCUGGAGGGGGAGCUGGAGCGAGGGGUGGAGGGGGAGCUGGAGCGAGGGGUGGAGGGGGAGCUGGCGGGGGAAGUGAUAGCGGGACCUCGGGUGGUGAACACAGGGCCCGGGGAAGAGGACGAUAUGGAACUGGAAGGGGAAAAAGGGAUCAUUAUCGAGGCCGUGGCCGUGGCUAUCAACCUACCCCAUUUGGAAGGGGUCAGGAUGAAGGGAACAGGAUGGAUGAGGAUGAGGAUGAGGGGAUGGAGGUUUUCACCAAGAGGAAAUUGGAGUCUAACUGGGAUCGUUACAAGGAGUCAGAGAAGGAGGAGCCUAGUGAUGAUACGCCCACACAGAGAGGGACUGACUACCACGUCCUCCUCGAAUCAGCAGGGGACUCCUUCACUCAAUUCCGCUUUUCUGAGGAGAAGGAGUGGGAUAUUGACUCUUUGGCAGCCAAUCAGUUUUCAGCAGUGUUUGUGGACCUCCCAGCCCUGGCCCAGUCUCUACAAGAGCUGCCUCUCCACCAGCGACUGAACCUGGAGGCUGAACUAGUCCAGGUGACCUCUCCGGUGGAGCUACCCACUAUGACCAUGGCACCCAAACAGAACUCUGUAGCGCUGGGUCUGUUUAAGCCUCCUGUCCCAGGAGUCCCAGCAGCUCAGAAAGGCCUUAGUCCAAGCCUGGGUGUUUCCUGUGCCGUGAGCACAGCCCCAGGCGCUGUUCCUCUGGGCUCCUCAGCUGCCAAGACCCCUGUGGUGGAUGAGAUGGAUAAGGAUUUGGACCAGCUGCUCAGUCUACAGAGCUCAGACUCAGAACCUUCACUGUCCCAAACUGGCAGGCUUGUUGAGGUUCCAAAUAAACCAGCAUUAGAGGAGAGGGAGGAGCUUGUCCUGGAGGAGGAGAGGGAGGAGCUUGUUCCGGAGGAGGAGCUUAAGAAGCAGGAGACACAGCAGGCCAAGGAGGAGAUUCAGAAGGAGGAGGUGGCUGUACCUCCCAAGGCAGCGGUAGCAAAGGAGGUGGUGACAGAGGAGGACCUGGAAGACUGGCUGGACAGCAUGAUCUCCUGACCCCUGAACUCUAACCUUUGACCCUGUCUGACCUAGGAGAAGGACCGUCCAGUCCCCCUCAGCCCUUAUCACAUGAUAACGAGUACAUCCCCUCAGCCCCUAACAGUCUUACAUCAUAUUCUAAUCCAUCACAGUCAAGACAUGGAGCACUGCUUAUAUAACAGCAGAUUCAUUAAUAUGCUUUUCAUAAGAUCGACUUUGGAUGAAGGCAUUGCUGGGAGUUCUUUCCCUCCCAUUGGACUGAUUCACAUCAAGUCCCGUGUGUUCUCCAUCCUACCGACUACCCUGGAUGGCUGUAGCAGCGGAGCUCUGUGAGCUGUACCUGAUUUCCUAUUCCUUGUCAGACACGGAAAGGGGCUCACACACAGACAGACACAUUUUCCCCUCUGAAAGGUUUCUGUAAUUGGAUCGAUGUUGUGAGUUAGUUGACACAGCCCAUGGAAUACAGACAUGGUUUAUUGCAUUGGUUAAUUUAUUCAUUCCCCCCCCCCUCUUUCCUUCUCAAAAAGAAAUGCAGGUUUCCCAAAGCUACUACAUAUAAAUGGCCGUACAAUAGCAGUUCACUGUUCAAUAAAUUCUGAAUUA